AUGGCUAGCGGGCGGGCCAGAUUGCCCCCAACGCCCGGGUCGGUUGCUUCUUCCGUGUCGACGGCUUCCUGUGCACGUCCCACACUAACCGAGCUGCACACCAACAACAACCUGUAUCACGCCACCGCCGUCGCGCAGGUGGAUGGAGCCGCACCGGCCGUCGAGUACCAGCAGCAGCAUCCGAUGCAUCACCCCUCCCACCCAUCCCAGCAGCCGCAUCUGGGCGGGGGGCCCGGUGGUGCGUCCCACCAUCACCACCCGCUACACCACCAGGAAGGUGGGAUGGCGGCGACGGGCGCCACUACCUCACAAAUGCACCCGGACGGUGCGCUGCUAGGACAUGGCGUGACGCAAUCACUGCGCAAACCGUUCGAUGCCCCCCGGCACAUACCCGAACGACCGAGCCAGCUGGCCGACGAAAGCGAUUGGAUGAGCGAUUAUGCGGAUAGCAAUCUGAAGCGUCGUAGCUCGAUCUCGAAAGACUACCUACCGGCCGGAGCCGCGACGACGACGACGGACUGGCUGAAGAAGAGCAUUCGUCGCUCGUGGACAAUAUCCAAUGCAGAAGAUGAUAACGGCUCCACGCGGGACCCAGACGUACAACCAUACCCCAAUCCGCACCUUCCCCGCAAGCAGUCGCAAAGCAGUUACCCGUCGCUGGUGAAACAUCCCUACUUUAAUCCGCUCUCGAUGGCGGACGAAGACGAGUACGGGGAGGAGGAGGAGGAGCGACAUGGGAGUCUGGAGGUGGCCGGCGGUAAUCACCGACCGUCGGCUUUGCGGCGUGCCAUGCCACCGAGACAAUCGACCCUGCCGAACCCGGAGGGUAUUUACUAUGGCAGCAAUAACAACCUGAUGCCGCCGGUAUCGGUAUCGCCUAAGCAGCAGCUUAGUCCAAGCCCGCAGUACAACACCAGCCCGUAUCACACCGACAAUGAAGCGGACAAUGAGACCGGUUCAGAUCACCGUUCACCCUUGGCGGCACGGUACAAAAUACGCAGACAAUCAACGCUACCCUGCAAACCGAACGAGAUGCUAAUUGACGGUGGUACGGGUGCUGGACCGGCGCACGGAAGCGGUCCAAAAAUUAUGAUGUCCUCAUCGCCGAACAGCAGGACGAACCUGUAUUCCAAAUCGCCGGAACGCGAUGGCAUUGAUACAGCGUCCAGCAAACAGCAGCAGCAGCAGCAGCGUUUUCCACCCUUUGUACGUCAGUCCACCUUUCCCUCGAACACGAACGACCCGUUCCUAUUACAGAUCCAAUCCCAUUCUUCACCUUCUUCUUCGUCCCUGUCAACGCAGCCUUUGCAGUCUCAGCAGCAGCAGCAGCAACAGCAGCAAUCGGUUCUACCGACCGUUGGGCAGCAGCGUCAACUGCCCACCUCGCCGAACCGGUUAGUGUUUAACAAAUCUCCCGACAGCGGUACCGAGUCGGGACCGGGGGCGAGUGAAAGCAGCGGCACUAGCCCGCACCAGGUUGGCAGUCGGGCGGGUGCACGCAAUUACACAAUGACCCGGCAGGCGACACUACCCAAUCCUGAGCAGCACAUGAAACUGCUUCCCACAUCCCCUCCCAAAAAGCAACUGUCACCGCACAGCAUCAAACGAUCUCCCGACUUUGCACGCCAAAACACGCUUCCAGCCUCGCAGCAGCAGCCGCCACCGCAGCAGCCGGUUGCGGGGCCACAAUCGGCACCCGUGCUCAUGCCCAUGCCGUUGGCCGCCUCGUCCUGCUCCUCGCUCGUCGGUUCAGACGGCACGGGGACGGCACCGGCGGUCGCGAUGAACUCACUGUCGGUGCACCAGCACGGACCUAAAUUUAUGCCCAUCUCGCCGCGUCAGAAGGCAUCCUUUCUUUUUCCCCAACCUGCCGCACCUACACCACGUCCCUUUCACUCACAGCAGCACUUCCCGACGCACUUGAACACCUCGCCCUCGGCAUCGGCCGUCAGUAGCGGUGUGCCCGGUACGGGUACGGUACCCGGUAUAGGCGUUAGCCAUUCGUCCUCGACCACCCUCUCGUCGGCGGUCACGUCGAAGAUGAUUAAGGUACGGAGCCACAGCAACGAGGAGUACACCAUGACACCGGCCACCCGGGCCGGUCUGGGGAUGGGCACGGUAAGCGAAGGGCGCCGUAUGCUACCAGAGAUACCGACCGGUGGUGGCACCGGCCCGGGCGGUAGCCGUUCCCCGAGACUGAAAACGUUUGCCGAAGCGAAACAAACGAUGGCGGAGGACAUGAUGGGCUACGAGCUGUACGGCAGCGGUGGACAACACUCGGCUGCGAUCGGUUACGACGAGUUUUACGACGAGGAUCAAGAGUUUUCGCUGGACCCAACUGAGACCGGUGUACGAUAUCAGGAUGGUGAUCAGGAUGCGCGAGGAAAUGAACAGUUCAACCUACAUCAGAUACAACAGCAGCAGCAGCAGCAACAGCAACAAAGGCUACCAUGCGUGCCGAACGAUUCCAGUCCGGAUUCGGGUGGUGGAACACAGCAAGGCGUUGGCUAUGGACUUGCCAACCGGAAGGAUCGGUUGCGAUCGCGUCGAAAAUCGCGCGAUAUAUACGACCAGCAGGACGAGAUGAGCGGCACCGGCAUGGUCGAUAUGUCCGAGGGUGUCAGUGGCACUGUUGUAGCUACCACUGAACCAGUCAAGCGAAAACCGGAAACGAUGCGCUCAAUCUCGGAAGAAGCUCCCGCUGCAAAACCACCGAAACCGGUCACCAGACGUUCGCUGUCCCAUCCAGAAAAGGAUACGCAGGUGUAUAGUUCGAAAAAAUUAGAUUCGACCAAAAUACCUUCACCCAAACCGUUAACGGAACUGCAAGAUCGCCAGCAUAAACCAUCCACCGCGAUCGGAUCGUCAACAUCGCCGCGCAGUAGAAAGAAUAUAAAGUCAUUCGACUGUGGCACAGUUGGUAUGAAAUCAUCUAACCUUCAACCGGGCGGUUACACGCAGUACCACACACCGUCAGACGGAAGCGGAGGACCAUCUUCGGUCUCACCGGGGAUCGUGACGGAAUCGAGCAUCAGUAGCAAUACGCGUACCAGCGGUUACGGUGGAUCAGCUACAACGCUCGCUGGAAACAUCCCCGGUGCACCCACCAGUACCGGUGGUGGUGGAGCGAUUGGUGGCUUCCAGUCAUUCGGCCAACGGAAGAUAUCGGCUUUUCAACAAAUUCUCCAGCGCCAACGCUUGCAGAAACGUGACUCGAAGAGCCUUGACAUUGUGGCCUCCAAGCUGAUGGAGGAAAAGUAUGGAAGCCAUGGGCAUGAUGUGGACGUAUCGAAAUCUUUGGACGACGGUAUCUUCUCGGAAAGUGCCGGUCACCAAUCGGACGAUAAUAGCAGCGAUGAACAUAUCAAUCUCACGUAUAAACCAUCAUCGAAGGAUAACAAAACCACACUGGGCGAGGCGGAAAUUCAGAAUGCUGUUGAGGCGGCGGCCGUGAUCUUUAAGAAGGUAGUGCUGCAGCGCCGCGAGGAGAACAAAUGCAAAUCAUCCAAUGCCAACCAUGAGUGUCACAGCAGUGCGGAUGGAUUGACGGACGAAUCGGCCACCCUUGGAGGAUAUUCGUCGUCGGAAACGGAAGCAGCGGCAGGACGGAUGCAAUCCUUCGGUCAGGGUCAAGUCCGCUCCAGGGUAAUGCCAUCGGAUUACGAAGAGUACCGGUUGGUGUUCUUCAGUUCCGACUCAUCGAGCAAGGAGGAAGAAUAUGACAGCAGCUCUACCUCGUCCUCGACCGCGGUGCGGCACGCAAAGCGCCACCGCUACAGCACAAAUGCCGCUUCGCUCGACGAGUGCGAUUGGGAUUACUUCGAGCCGGACAUGAUGCCGGGAGCGGAUGAAACGAAGAGUGCCUUUUUCUACGAAAUGCUUGCAAUGGCAACGGCAACCGCGAAAUGUGUUGGUUCCGCUCACAGCCAGUGCAAAAACACAACCAGUGCGUCGAAGGUGAACAGUGCUAGUGGUGGCCGGAAGCUGGACAAUCGUGCAGAACCAUCGUUCUGUCACUGUGAGUGUUGCAAUCGUCGACAGAUGCAGUACGUACCGAUACCGGUCCCGGUGCCCGUGCCCGUGCCAAUUGCGGCCUUCCAAAGCUGGCUGUACGAACAGCAGCAGCAGCUGUUGCUCAUGCACGGUACAACCGAUACGGCAGAGGGCACCGGUACGAACACAUCGGACUAUGCACUGCGAUCGGAUUUGGUGCAGCAACUGUGGAAAAAGUUUGCGGACAGUAGUGAAACAAGUGUACGGUGCGGUGCAACAGAACCGGAAACGACGGCACCGCCCGGUGGUAACAGGAAGGUUCCGACCCAUCCGAAAUGUGCGUGCCGGUUUGGUGGUAGUGCGCGCCGUGAUUUGGGGGAGACCUGUGCAACAUCCGAAAGCCACGACAGCAGCGAUAACGAGCGUAACGCCACGAAGGUCCGCACGUGCAAACAGCUGAACGUACGGCAACGGAGUGGCGUGGAAUCGGACCGUGCAUUCGGUACCGUGCGCAUUAGUGGUGGUUCCAGUGGUGCUGAAGCGACAACUACUGCACCGAGCGGCAGAGUGCAUCAUGUGCAAAAAGCAGCACCAUCGGCUACAACGCCACCACCGUACGGUGUAAUGCGUCGCGCUAGUGUUGGUGAUGGUGGUGUAAGUGAUAGCUGUUGUUCGUUGACUUCAUCCGAUCGUGACGAGGUCGGUUCGUCGUCUGCGGUCGCGCUAGCCACUGCACUACAACUGGUACAGCGCGGCGAUGGUGUUGUACCACCACUACGCACAGGUGAGUUCCCGCUGGCCGUUCCGGUUACGACGAACGCAGCCAACGAUAGCGUUACAACGGCAGCAACGUUGGCGAAGCCCAUUCAAGCGCAAGAUAAUAUCGUCACUGGCGAGCAGACGAAGACGGCAAAUGGUCGUGCACGCGAGAUUACGCCGGACAGUAAUGUACGUGCGAGUGUUGCGGCAACAUCGCCAUUGUUGGUUGCCACCGACCAGGCAGGGCUAGAUACGGUGACGAUGGACGGUCAGCGGUUGUUGUGCAGUGGCACCAACGACGACGGUACUGGCACAGCAGGAUCGUCGCAAAAUAACAACGAUAUCGAUUUACGAGCAUCAACGCAACAACCACAGCAACAGCAACGACAAGAAGCUUUACCGAGCGAUACGGAUGGUAAUGGUAACAGUGAUAAUAAGGGCACCGAUGUCGAUAACAAAACCGCGAACGACCACGCCAUUACGUAUCCGGUUGGUGGAACUGUGGUGAAAGCAAUGGAGCCAAACCAACAGCCUCCCGGUGGUGGGCGGGCAGCAUCUGGUUCCCAACAGGGCCCAGGUGGCAGUGGUGAAAUGCGGAAUAGUUCUAAAAUUAGGCCGGACAGUGUAGACGAACAGGAUGGUUACCUGCAGUACGAGUUGCUGUACCACCUGGCACAGACGGGUGGCCGAUCGUCCCCGUCAUCGUCGAGUGCAUCGUCGAGUGAGGCGGAAAAUGCUGCCCCAGUCGAUCAACAGCAGCAGGGCCGGAAACCCAAGGUUGGAAAGUAUUCGUUCCAUUUGACCGGGAGCAGCGGUGGCAAUAGCUCGUACAGUUCGUCCCACUCGUCCGCAUCGUCGCUGCAGGAAAAGUGCAGUUCUGACUCGGAUAGCGAUGGCGAGGUGGAAGACUAUUUCGAUCGUGAUCGAGAACAGGACGAUGAUGAUGAUGGUUGUUGCUUUGAUGGUGAGGAUGAUGAUGACGAUGAGGAGGAGGGGGAUGAAAGGUGUCCCCACGGUGCGAGAAGCAACCGUAAGCGGUUCAAUGCUGUGAUGGUGAUCAAUCCCGGACCUGGUAGCGAUGGCGAAGGGCCAAGCGACAGUGACAGUAGCGACAAUCAAUCGAUAAGAACCGAGGGAGAGCAUAGUUGCUACGGUGAGGUAGCAGGUUUGGAUCCCCCCAUCGGUGGAUACGGCGACGACGGUGACGGUGCUGAUGGUGAGGGUGGCGUUGUGGUGCUAAAGCGAGUGAAAAACAUAUCCGAUUGCGAGGAGACAGAGGGAGGCAACGUACAGCGGCCCAGCCCGUUGGACGAUAAAUUGGUUCGGAAUUGUGCGGAGGUGUCAAUCGAACAGCAGGCACACAAUAGCGGUUCGAUCGUAGGUAGUAGCCGACCACCGUUGGAUGUGCGGGUGCAGCAGACGGAUGUAACGGCGACGGUGGUAGAUCACCAGCGCAGUGUGCAAUGCACGGCAUCGACGGGGGGAAGCCGCAAAAGCGGUGAAACUGACAGCAGCAGCCCACUGCCGUACGGCGAACCAGCCUGUUGUGCGAAUGUUGGUGAAUCGAACACAUACCAGCAGCGGCCGCAGCUAGAAGAGAAAGGUACCGUUUCUUGUCCUGCACCCGAAGCGAGUGGCUGUGCGCUCGAUGCAGACUGCCAGCCGCAGGCGCACCGUCUGCAGCGGUACGGCAGCAUAAAAGUGGAGGAGAAACCACAACACGACGACGGCGAACACCACCACCAGCAAACCGUGCUGCUGCCGUACGCAGGUAAUAGCAUUAACAGCCGCGUUACAGGUGUGUAUCGCGUGCGUACACCAACACCAGCAGAGGGCGCGAAUGCGGCCACUUGCGUCAGUAGCGCGACGGGCGUGUGUGUUAGUGGCGCCACGGCUACGCACACGGAAUCGGUAGCUUUGGGCGACAUAAGAUCGCCCCAUACGGUGGAGACAGUGCCCAGCAGCAGUUCGACAGCCACUAUUGGUGGUAGCAGCAGGUACAAGAGCCUUGUUAUGAUCACGGAUGACACUUCCGAGACGAGGGACGAUACGAGCAGCAGCGAAAGCAAAAGCAACAGCGAACAACCAAACGGUUCGUGCAUUCCCAGUGACGGUGUUGUGUCGAACGAAGUUCAGGUAAACGUUGCAAGUUCCUCCCCCACAACAACCACGGCUACGAGGUCGAAAACGGUACCCAGCGGUGUAGACGAUAUUGUUUGUGUUUCGUCCGAUCACGACGACGAUGAGAUCACGGUGAGAGCACAUAUCCAGCAUUCUGCUUUGGCAAGUGAGGAUCGUUAUGCUGUAGCAGAAACACUUUGCUCAUUACAAAGUCUGCCAGAAUGUCUGCCAGGGCAGAGUCAAACGGGUAGUGCCAGUGGUGUUGGGUCGCACCAUCACGAACACACGGGCAGCGUAACACCACCGACGACUGUUGAGUUGGUGCGUAGUGAUGCUGGUGCUGACGGUGAUCGAAAGAGUUCAACGGAGGUGUACGAAAAAAACCCGCCACUGGACGGGGUGGGAACGCUGACGGAACACGCUUGUAAUUCCCGGUCGCCCUUGGUGCACUGUGCAGCACCCGUCAUGGAUGAGGAACGUUACCGUGGUGAGAACGUGCGAGUGAACAGUGGCGAUCGUAGCGGCAGUGAUUGUGAUGCUUUUGGCCAGCAAAUGUCGAACGCUGCACGGCUGGUUGGUGUGUCCGAUGGUGGCAGUGCUGAUGGGGUCGGUGAAACUCAGCCACAGCAGUGUGAUCAUGUUCCCAAGCGGGCCGAUGGCAAUUCGGUGCAACGCGCGCGACUCGAUUCAGCGGACGAGACGAAUCUGGUGUACGGCAGCGAAAUGGAACGUUACGUCGAUGAUGCCCAUGGGGAUGGUGACGGAGGUGUUGAUGGUGAUGGUGGUGGCAUGCAAACCCGAAACGGUAACGUGACGGCGAACGAAAAUGUUACGGUGUCGACCGGAUCGAGCACACUGUCGGCGGUAAUUUGUUUGGAGGAUGGUCUGGCCGAUGACGAUUCGUGGGUGGAAGAAAUCAGCCAGGACGAGGAAGAGUUCGCAACGACCACGGCGACCGAUUCGGAUUUGGAAGAUUCCAGCGAGGAAAUGUCAUUUUCGAACGAUCGCGAGGAAGAACUGCGCGGUUACAAUCGGACGGCGAUCGACUUUACGCUCCACACGAUCGUGGAGGAAAGCUGUGAGGAUAGUGAAAUAGAGUCGCGCGGAUCGGACGUGCUGGGACGCAGGCGGGGUCGCCGUGGUGGACGCGGUGAUCAUGGGUCUGAAGUUGGUCACGAUGGGGACGAUGAGCCACGGGACGGUGCCCAUCGGCUGUCAGCGUCCGAGUUGGAGAAGUAUUUCUUCUACGGUCUCGGUGGAGAGAUCGGAACCAGCAGCAAAGUCGGUGGAACGUUCGGUGAUUCGGAAGGUUUUGGCGGCUCGAGAUAUGGAGGCGGCAUGCAUGAUGGGGAGAGUGAACUGUCGGAAGAAAGCAGCUCGCUCUGUAGCGAUGGGCACGAUUCGCUCGGCAGCGGUACCGCCUCGGGCAGUGCUUCGGCGGCACGUUUGUCCGGUGCCUCGAUGGAGAGCCACGAUCGAGACCACGAGGACAAUGGGACGGAUUCGGUGGCGGAUUUGGCUUCGUCGCGAUUGGAAAAAUAUUUCCUCACCGGCUUCCUUGGAUACAACAGCACGGAUCGGGGGAGCGCUGGAGGUGGAAAUGGCGGUGCUGGUGGUGGGAACGUAUCGGACGGUAGUGGUGGUAGUGUUGGAAGCGACAGUGAGGGUCACGCGAGUCCGGAACAGCGUCGGAAGCGGCUUGUACGGGCACGAGGAGCCACAAGAUCCCACAGUUCGCUGGAUAAUUUGCUGUUGGCCGGAAAGGAUGCGGAACAUAAUCACGAGUCGAUCGGAUCGAACGUUAGCCAAUCGGCAGGCUCAUCGUACGAUACGGCCGGUAUGAUUGGCGGCGGUUCUGGUUCCGGAGGUGGUCCCGUAGGAGGAGGUAGUGCCGAUGUGGAUCAUUCUUCCGAAACGGAUACCUGCGACGAAUCAUCCGCGUUGUAUUCGCACCAAGAUCGACCGGAAUCAUCGCCGUACGAUACGAUGGGAAAGCGAAAAAAGAAGUUUAUGACCAAAAAAAUGGAUGUUGCACUAGCUCGUGCCGAGCAGCAGCAACACCACGGCGUGAUGGGUGACACUGGUCCCGGUGGGGUUUGCUCCGAGUCGGAAGACAGUCGAAAUACACCGUUGCACUCAACUCCGCUCGAUGUGGCCAGUGGACGAGAGGCGGGAGUUGUGCAUAGUGCGAUCAGUCCUUCGCUCCAUUCCGUAGGGAUAGAGAAUUCGCGAAAGCAAACCAGUCGAGAUAGUGGAUUUAUUGGCAGUAAUGAUGAUCUGCUGAAGGAGGAUCAAACGGUAGCCUCCUCAUCGAAAGCAAUUCCCGCCUCAAAGGUGGAAGCAAUACUGGAAGAAAACAAGAACGAUGUGAAGGAGGGUGGUGACGCGGGGUUCUCGGCAGAGGUACAACAGCUCCCUUCCCACAACGCAUACCGAUUGCCGAUUUCGCCCGGUUCCUCUAGCAGCAUGCCAAAAAGCAGCACACAAGGCACGAGCAUGGUAAACUUGGUGCGAAAGGAUAGUUUCAACAACUGGAGCUCCGACGAGGAAACCAACCUGAUGAUGUCCAAGAUGCGACAGUUCUUCAAAUCGCUUGUGGCCGCCUCGGCCAACACGAGAAAGUUACCGAACUCGAGCAGUUCUACGCCGGGCGUCAGUGGGUCGAACACACCGCAGCAGGGUGGCAGUACGCCGGUUGCACGCCCGAGAGGGAUGCGCACGAAACCGCCCCAGCUUGUGUACUUCGAGAAUGAGCUGACGCGUCUGAUGAAAACCGUACCGGGCAUCAGGGACGAGCAGGUGCGCGAAAUCGUCGAGUACCUGAGCAGCGAAGACACGUGGUCGGAUUCGUACGAUUCUUCCGAUUACACCAGCUCCGAUCUGGAGGGCACCGCAGCGGCCGUUGCGGAUGGAAAUCCGUUUGGGUUGCAGGAAGAAAUUUCGGCCAGCUGUCGACAGAUCAUCAACAAGUUCGAUAGCAGCGUUAGGAAGGAUGAGGAAGGUGAUAUCGGCGACGGUGGCUUGGUGGCUUUGGCCAUGUCGGAGAAGGAAGAAUCACCGCUGGUGGCACAUCAUCGCCAGCAUCAUCCGCAGCAGCAACAGCAGCCACCUUAUCACCAGACGCCACUGAGCAAAGAAACAGCGUUCGUGUACCAGCGUUUGGUAGCGUCUCUGUCGAAGGUCGUCGUUUCGAACGAGCCGCCAAGUAAGGAAAGCAAGAAGGAUCCACCGGCAGAUGCGCAAUCAAAUGGUUCGGGCAAUGGUGUAACAUCGAGUGCGAAUAGUUCUUCGUCGCCACCACUGAUAGCAAAGGUAAUGCACCAUAUCGGUAGCCGGUUGGUGGCACUGAUGCACGAGGUAAGCAGUGGGGAAUCGCACGCGAGCGUAUCUCCCAAGCAGCAUCGCAUAGGUAUCCACCGGAAGUCUGGACAAACGAUGGCGAGUAACGUCGGUGGUGGUGUUGGGAUCGGUGCAGGCAUCGGUAAUACGUCGGCAGGCAUUGGCAGUAUGGCAGGACAUCAUCACCAUCAUCAUCACCAUCACCAUCAUCAGAUUAUUUCCGCAACUACAACGGAGGACGAUGAGGAUAGCAGUACGUCGGAGAGUAAUGAUCGGCAGCUACCACACCACUAUCACCAUCAUAGAACGAGGAUAGGAGUUGGUGGACCAACAGCACCCGGCGCUACAGCUGCAGGCGGACAACAGGAGGAGGAAGAGGAGAUAGGAACGAUCGAGGGAGGCGCAUCGGUAUCGUCGUCUUCCUACGCUAUGCUACUGCCUCGAAGUAAAAGUCACGACCUUUUGCUAAGCGAUCAGCGAUCGCAAGGAAACUAUCAAUAUCAUUCCGGGACCGGGAGCGAUAUGGUGGGUGAGGAACGCGGAGAGGCCAGUGACUACGAGCGGUUCUCCUGGCGCGGAAGUUUCGAAUCGGCUCUCCUUGCCAACGGAGACUCUCGCACGAAGCUCUCCAUGUUGGACAAUUCUUCGUCUUCCAAAUCGAUUCUGGUGGCAAAGCGCAGAUCGGCUGGUGAUCUACUGUUUAACAAUCAAAACUUAAGCCAGGAACAGCUGGAUCGUGUACGCAGCUGUGGCAGCAUCGGUGGUGAUAGGGAAGAGUUCGAAUCGUCCAAGCUGUGGGAAGCGAAACAGCAGCAACCGCACCAGUACCAGCAAAAUCAACCGUACCAUACGUCACAGCAACCGCACCAGCAGUUGCUGCAACACCACCAACAUUAUGCGCCAAGCUCGACGGCAGGCAGUCGGCGCCGGUUAUCCAGCGUGGCGGCUGACGAGGAGGAUACAGAUUCGGACGAAGGGGUACUGAAGGGAGGUGGCAAUCGUUUGGUCCUAGCUUCGCGAUCUACGCUUCCGCGCAGCUUGCAGAACACGAUGACCAGCGGUACGACUAACUCACUGCCCCGGCUACCGACAUCGAACCUGCAGACCAUCAUGCAAUCGGUAGCAUCAUCGUCUUCCGUCUCCUCCUCCUCGGGAACGUCCGGUUCGCUAGCGGUCAGUUCUUCGACGAAACCUUCGUCAGGGGCAGUAGUGGCAAGCGGGGGCAUGGGCCAGAAGUCGCAAAGUGUGUACCAUUUCUUGCAGAACAAUGUGAAAAGUGCGCGCUAUCGUGCGCCGGGCUUCAAUCGCCCACCGUCAGCACCUAAGCGGGCCAUGUCUGCACCCGGCCUACAGCCACCGUAUCCGCGACGCGAGCGUCGCAAUCGCUUGCAACAGUUGUCGAACGGUAAGUUUGGCAACAGUCCGGAUUUGACGGGAUCAACAAGCGCACUCGGUGGGGAAGAUGAUCCAAAUGGAAGCAGCACACGGGCGGCCCCGAGCGACACGUACGAUCGGCAAACGGAUGGCGCAGCUUCCAACGGUAUGCAGCAUAAGGGCGGCAGUAUGGUAUCGUCGCCCGUCGGUUCGGCCGGCGGUACCAGCGACAAUUGGCCAUCGCAAUCCGAUGAAGAUAUCGACCGUUUGGUGGCACUGCAUCAAAACCGUGCCAGCCUCAGCUCUCUAGGUGUGCGAUCGGACUCGAUGGCGAGUGUUUACUCGGGCGCCGGUGAAGGUCGCUACGGUACUGUUACGGUUCGCGGACAGAUCGAAUUCGGUAUGCAGUACAAUUAUAAGCAGGGCGCACUAGAGAUACACGUGAAGCAGUGCAAAGAUUUGGCGGCAGUCGAUACGAAACGGAAUCGGAGCGAUCCGUACGUAAAGGUAUAUCUUCUACCGGACAAAUCGAAGAGUGGCAAGCGAAAGACAAAGGUAAAGAAGCACACGCUGAAUCCGGUAUUCGACGAGGUGCUUCGGUUUCACAUGAGCUUGAACAGCCUGCAAACACGCACGAUCUGGAUAACCGUUUGGCAUUCCGAUAUGUUUGGAAGGAAUGAUUUUCUCGGCGAAGUCAUGAUGGGUCUGCAGGAUAAAGUGUUUGACAAUCCCCAACCUCAGUGGUAUCAGCUUCAGGAACGGAGCGAACCAUUUGAAGAUUUAUCAGCGUAUAAAGGCGAUAUCAUUGUCGGUCUAAAAUAUGUCUCGGCUGAUGCAGACAGUGGUGGUAUCAUUGGCGGUGGCAGCGGUGUUAUUGGCGGUAGUGGUGGAUCAUCGGGCAGCGGGUUUGGAACGCUUAAUCUGAGAAAGUUCAGUACUCGCUCGCUAACGUCCACCACAUCGUCCACCUUUUCCGGGCAUAGCAAGGGCGCCUUGCACGUAUUGGUAAAGGAAGCGAAACACUUGCAACCGAUUAAGUCCAACGGUACCUGUGACGCUUUCUGCAAAAGUUAUUUACUACCGGAUAAGAAUCGAAGCUCAAAACAAAAAACGCCUGUUAUAAAACGAACCAACUCUCCGGUGUGGAAUUACACGUUCGUGUACGAAGAUGUCUCACUGGCAGAGUUGUCCGAACGCGCACUGGAGCUAACAAUAUGGGAUCACGAUCGACUGGCUAGUAACGAAUUUUUGGGUGGUGUUCGUUUUUCGCUCGGAAACGGCAAACACAAUGGCAGGGCUGUCGAGUGGAUGGAUUCUACCGGCAAAGAGCUUUCGCUGUGGCAGAAUAUGAUCAAUCGGCCCAACUUUUGGGUCGAAGGGGCCCUGGUUUUGCGGCCGUCCCUGGAAAAUGCAAAAUUUUCCACAUAAUUUUCAGAACCCCCCGUAGAA